GCCCGCCUGUCAGAGGUUGCGCAGAAGUAUGCGGGAGAAGGGCUCUCUGCCUUGGGUGAGGUCACUUUCCACCUCCAGAUUCUCUGCCUAAAAAACCCUGCAAUUCUCUAACACUGGAUCUUAUUAUCUUCUGAGUUUCAAGGUCCCAUGAUGCUGACAGCCCUAAAUUGUUUCCGCUGGAAGAUGCAACAGUUCCGGUGAAGGGGGCGGAUUUUCAUGUCCUGGUAGUUUUGCUUCCGUUCGGGGUGCUGCAGCUUCCGACAGCCGCCUCUCGGGCAAGGAGGAGAAGCGACCGCGUGCGCAUGUCCCAAUCUUCCCAGAGUGGGUGGGGCCGAGGUUGCGGGAGCGGGAGGGGGGAAAGAAAAGGGAAUUCCAAACUGUGGAACCCUGGGGGUACCCGAGGACGGCUCCUUCUCCUGACUGUGGAUGGUGCCAGGGACGGAGCCUCUCGCGGCUCGUGGGGGCUUUGGGGACCCUCAGGGUGAGGGCGCAGGGCAGUGUCAGUGUCAGAGUGUGAGUAGGGUGCGGGAGUUCCAAACUUAGAAUCUUGAGGCCCUCGGGCUCCCUCACGGGGAAGGGGGGAGCUCGGGCCGCCAUGCGCGACAGGACCCACGAGCUGAGGCAGGGGGAUGACAACUCGGACGAUGAGGACAAGGAGCGGAUCGCGCUGGUGGUACACCCGGGCACGGCUCGGCUGGGCAGCCCGGACGAUGAAUUCUUCCAGAAGAUCCGAACAAUUCGGCAAACUAUUGUCAAGCUGGAGAAUGAAGUCCGAGAGUUGGAGAAGCAGCAGGUCACCAUCCUGGCCACGCCCCUUCCCGAGGACAGCAUGAAGCAGCACCUGCAGAACCUGCGCGAAGAGAUCAAACAGCUGGGGAGGGAGAUCCGCGCCCAGCUGAAGGCCAUAGAACCCCAGAAAGAGGAAGCUGAUGAGAAUUGUAACUCGGUCAACAUGAGAAUGAGAAAAACUCAGCAUGGUGUCCUAUCCCAGCAAUUCGUGGAGCUCAUCAACAAGUGCAACUUGAUGCAGUCUGAAUACCGGGAGAAGAAUGUGGAGCGGAUUCGGAGGCAGCUAAAGAUCACAAAUGCUGGAAUGGUAUCUGACGAGGAGCUGGAGCAGAUGCUGGACAGCGGGCAGAGUGAGGUGUUUGUGUCCAAUAUACUGAAGGACACCCAGGUGACUCGACAGGCCCUAAACGAGAUCUCAGCCAGGCACAGUGAGAUCCAGCAGCUUGAACGCAGCAUCCGUGAACUUCAUGAGAUCUUCACUUUUCUGGCUACUGAAGUGGAGAUGCAGGGAGAGAUGAUCAACCGGAUUGAGAAGAACAUUCUGAGCUCAGCAGAUUAUGUGGAACGUGGGCAGGAACAUGUCAAGAUGGCCCUGGAGAACCAGAAGAAGGCACGGAAGAAGAAAAUCUUCAUUGCCAUCUGUGUGUCUGUCACUGUCCUCAUUGUGGCAGUCAUCAUUGGUGUCUCCACAUUGGUUUGAUAGCGCCGCACAUUCUUGGCACUAAGAGCACCAGAGACCCCAGGGUCUGCCUUCUCUCCCAGAAGCUGGGGAGGGCAGGAUAGAACUUCCAGCCGGACCCCCUUCCUCAUACUGGCCCUGUGCAGAGGGAAAGAUGGUUCUUCUGGGGUUAGCAAGCACUCAUUCAUGGGGGCCUCCCCACUUGGGCCACAGUGCCUGGGGGAGGGCCUGCAGGGUCCUGUUUGGCUGGGACAUGUGGUUUUGUAAGAAAUUAAAAAAAAAAAGAGAUCUUG